AUGGAGUCGAUACUACAUGGUGAUUUAUUGAAGCAAAGUUUAUGGUUUGAAGUUGGAGAUGAAUCCGUCAUUAGUACUUGGACAGAUCCUUUGUUGCCUACAAAUCCUCCACACUCUCCAACACCAAAGAACGAAAUAUUUCAUUAUUGUCUACUCAAAGACUGGAUCACUCCUCAUCAACGAUGGAAAGUGGAUAAAAUUUGUAGUUUCUUGGAAGAAAAGGAUGCAAACACAAUUCUCUCCCUGCGACUAUGUUCUCAGCCAACACCUGACUUAUUGGGCUGGCACUAUAACAAAUCAGGUGCUUACAUAGUUAAUGGGUAUCGACACAUCAUUCGUCAAGACCAGGACACCUCACCCCAACAGGAAAUAUCAGUAUUAAAAAUGUAUUUUAGAAGAAAAGAACUGCUCUUAAAAUUCAACAUUUUCUUCGGAAGCUAA